CUCCCUAUGUUUUAUAUGUUAAAGAUCAAUGAAAACAUUAAAAAAAAAUAUAUAUAUUUCUGGUGAAAGCUUUUCAUUAAUGGUUUUCCCACCCACACAGGUGAAGAUUAUCAAUUGUUGACUGCAGACUGGACCAUUCAACUUAUUUGAAUCGUCAUGGACAAACUUUCAAGAGCAGAGCUCAUUGAAACAAUCAACUCUCAGAAAGAUCAACUACAGCAGUAUAAAUCUAAACUAAGGGGUCUCUUUUAUUUUCAAAACUUCAUUUGUUGUGAACAGAAAAUUUAGCCAUUAUAACAAUUUUACAAUAUUUUUGUAAUUAAAAAUAAAUAAAUUGCUUUAAAACAAAUCCAAAGUAAGUUUCUGUUGCUAUGUUAGUUGGUAGCUAGAAAGUAGAUUAUAAUUUAUAGCUUUUAUUUCAAUAAACAUUUCCCUGUAACAAAGUUUCAAGUUCUUUAAAAAUAUUUAAAAAAAAAAAAAUCAUAUAAGGCCUUCAGGUAUAUUAUUCGUCAAAAACUUCUUGCCUCCUCUUCUAGAUGUGGUUUCUGCAUACAAGAGCAUUGUGAAGGAGAAAGAAGCACUAGAAGCAAGUUUUACCGCAUUAAGUUCUUCAAGCAGUGCCUCCAAUCUUAAUUUGACUGAUGAAAGUUCUGCCAAGCCUAGCUGUGAUGAGAAUGGGGCAGAUAUCAGUAUUGUUGAUCCACUCGGUGCAACAAAACAUGUUAGCCAACAUUUUAAUUUCUGUUGAAGAGAAUUAGAUUCCAAAAAAAUGUAUUUGUUGGAUUAUUUCAGAGAUUGAAUGAGUACAUUAAAGUUAAUUUAAUAAGUAAAGCAAUAAAAUUAUAAUAUAUACACACACACACAAAUUAAUUAAUGAUGCAGUUUUGCUGUUAGAAACGCUUCUGCACCCUAAGCUGUGUUAAGCAUUUACUUUGAAAAGAAGAGAGAUUCAUUAUAAUUUUUUUUAUCAAACUUAUUAGUUAAAAGUAAUGUUUUCCUUCAUAAAAAUAAGAAUUUAUUCCUCUCUAGUAGUGUCCUUAAAAAAACAAAAUAAAAAUUAACGUAGCAUUAAUAUAUUCUUGAUAGCAUAGCUUUUAAAUUAUUUGAAAAAGCACACAAUACAUUAUUAAUAUAGUUUAUUUAUUACAGUAACGACAGGAAAAUCAUUAGUUCUCAAUUUUGGAUAAAAAUGAAUUUAUUUUAAAUCAACAUAACUUCUUAAAGGAAGGAAAAGAUGAAUGUGUAGCUUUAAGAGACCAAAUUAAGACACUGAGUUCCUCUCUGACAACCUUGACACAAGAGAAGAACAAGAUUGAAGCUAAUUUUAUAGCAGAAAGGAAACACUUAAGGGUAAUAUUUUAUGAUUAAUGUUUCCAUUUAAAUAUUGCAAGUAGAAUUUGUAUUUUGGUGGAGAACUAAAGAUCCCAUAUCGAAUCAAACAUUUAUUUUAGAACAUGGACAUGGAUUUAUUCGUCUCAUAUAUGAGUUUUUGUUUAACUAUAAAUAUUUUUGUUUUUUAGCAUGAAAAUGAAGAACUGCAGUCUCAGCUGGCAGAUGAGAGAAAGAGAACAUCGAAACAGGCAGAAGGCUUUGAGCUUCAGUUAUCAGAUGUGAGUUUUGGCAAAUUGAGAUUUUCUCUGUUUCGUAACUUGAUCAAUUUUGGUCAAAACUCGGAAAGUGGUUUAUAUGACGUAUAAUGAAAACUAUUGGUAUCUAAGACAGCAAUUUAAAAAAAAGGACAUGAUUUACCACUCUUCAUAAAAACUCAAGUUUCUGCUCCACUAGCCCAAGUCAGUUUCUUCAAACUGCAUCAUAUAAAUUGGAUGAUGUCAUAAUAUAAGCCUUUAACCACACCACCUAAUUAUUAUUUUUAAUCUCUAAAGUUAAUGUUGAUUAACCAACUUUUAGGGUAUAUGCAUUUGCUCCUGAAUUGUAUAUCACUGGAGUAUGGUCAAAUCAAACUAACAUUAAAAAAAUGUUAAUUUAGUUGAAAAGCCGCAUUCGCACCCAGCAGCUUGAAAGGGAGAGAGAACAAACGGACCACGCCCUGAUGCUCAAAGAGCUCCAGACAGUUCUGGCCAAAGAGAGGAGCAAUAAAGAAGCGCUAGAAGCUCAGGUUGGUCAUUCAACAUUCUAGCUAGUUAUUUAUACCAUGGUCGGAAAUAUGAGUGUGUUUUAGAAAAUUGAGAAACAAAUGUGAUUUUCCAUUUUUUUAAAACAAAAUUAGGCAGCUUGAAAUUAAAAAAAAAAUUACGAACAAAAGGGCAUUUUAUUAUAAUAACAAGGAAAGAGACCCCAAAGAUGAAAUUUAAAAAAUGGGAGAAUGAGCUAAAAAGGUUUGAGAAACACUGAUGUCAAGCAUAGUAAAUUUUCCUCAUAUAAACGGAUAUGAUUCAGUCAAUUACUUCAAGUUAAUGGGUUGAUGUUGUUUAAUCCGGUGAACUUCUACACAUGGAUGAAACUGAAAUGAAUUCUAUUUAUUUUCUAAAAUAUGAAAAGCUUGAUGAAGUCCAGUUCAUCAUGAAAGAAACUAAGCAGAGAUCUCAGAAUGCGCCAGUGGUGUCCGAAGUUUACGAACGGCAAAUCCAGCAGCUUCAAAAUGAGCUGAAGACAGUACGGGAUAGGCUCAAGUCUGCUGAGGUCAAGGCCAGCCAGCCCUCCCCUUUUGUAAUAGAGCUUCAGAAGGAUAUGGCUAGCAUGAAAGUAAAGACAAUUUUUUAUUCAUUAUGUGACUGUAAUUUUAACAUUAAAAAAACAGCAAUUUAAUUUAGUUGAGGCUAAAAAGUCUUAAAAAUAUGUCACUAUAUCUUUUUCACUAAAACUUUUACUGUGAGAGUAGAUUUGUAAGUUAGGAAGUUAUAUUUUGAAUUAGUUUUUGCAAAAGACAGAUAAAAUAACUAUGAUAUAUAUUUUAUCAAAUUGUAUAUCAGUGGAAACAACAAAAAGAUUUUUGUUUACGUGACCCUUUAAUACAGUUCAUCAUGUUGCGCCUCAUGUUGUGGCAACCCUCAACCAUAAAAUUCUUUUUGUUGCUACUUCGUAACUGUAGUGUAUGUGUGUUUUCCGAUGGUCUUAGGCGACCCCUGUGAAAGGGUAGUUCGACCCCCAAAGGGGCCAUGACUCACAUGUUGAGAACCGCUGACAUAGACAGAUAAAAUAAUUAACAUCAAUUUGUAAAUGUAAAACCAUUCUGCGGUUGUUGGCUGUUACUCCAUCACUUGGUAAUUUUCUUAGCCAUUUUGGAUUUAUGAAACUAAUAUGCUUGAUAUAAUGAUAUAAGAUUAUAAAACCAAUAUGCUUGACAUAAUAAUUUCAGAGGAAAUUUUCAAGAUUAACUUAAAAUACAGGUUAAAUUAAUUCAACUGCUUUAAUUACUUCAAAAUAUAUUUUGAAAGAGAAGAAAACAGAGAAUGUUCAUACACAUUUUAAUUCACUCCACUUAAAAGCAAAGUGGGAUUUACAACUUAACUAGAAUAAUCUGUCCCACUUUUGUCCCCUUAUAACUGUUUUCAACAAUUUACUAUCUUUUACCGAGAUUAAGAUCUAAACAAGUUCAGAUGUUCAAUUUCAAAAUUAAAUGACUUGCCUGUCAGUUCUGAGGACGACUCGUUGAUAUCUAAUGUUCGCAGGCUGAUCACCAGAAGCAGGUUGAGAAGGAACAAAAGAAAGCACUUGAGGCAGAGCACCGUCUGAGAACUCAGUCUCACCAGAGUGAAGAAAGGGUGUCCAGCUUAGAGGCCAAAUUGUCAGAGCUGUCCCAAGUGGUUGGGAACUAUGAAAGACUGAGGUUUCAAGACCAGCAGGCCAUCAGGUAAAGAUCAGCUUCUUGUAGCAUUAGACACUAACUGUGAAAGUGUCUUUGCUCUAGUUAUUUUAUUAUUAUUAUCUACAGACUUUGACUCGUAACUGUGGCGUCAAACACUUUUGUCUGGAAAUCUUCUGUCAUACAUUUUAGAGACUCGGGAAAAAUCUAUGAAAUAAAAUAUUACUUUUCUAAUUUUACUUAGUCUCUUUGUAUCCAUUUUGUAUUUUUUUGCUCGUGAAUACACAAUCUUCCAUUAAAUAUCAAUGAGUUAUGAAUGAAUGAAUACACCACUUAUCUAAGCCUUGAAUGAUUAAGACUAGCUUGCUCAAGAAAUCACAGAACCUAUUAGUAACUUGAAAUUUAUUCCCAAUCUGUAUCACUUCUUUCAGUAAGCUGAGAGAGAGAGUGACACAGCUGGACAUGGAGAACACAGCCCUGGCCCGAGCAGCUAGUCUGUCCCCAGACAAACAGGACAGCAUCGGGGACAACCCAUCGGUGGAGAAAAUACUGGAGAAGAUCAUGCACCUGAGAUCAGUGCUGAAGAGUGCAAUAGAUAAAUCUGAGAAAUCAGUCAAACUGUCCAGUGAGUUGGUUCAAGUAUGAGAAAUCAGUCAAACUGUCCAGUGAGUUGGUUCAAUAUAUUCAAAUCACUGGAUAGUGCAGGGAUUCUGGUGUAAAGCAAGCAAGUUAUCCUGAAUCUCUCUGGCUUUUACUGUGGAAGCAGGGAAUUUACCAGGAGAGUCAAUUCCUCUUAAGUCACUAUCUUCUAAGGCCUGCUCAGCCGGCUUGCCAAUGAGAGUCCUCUUUGUGAGCUCUAGAGUCUAGUCUCUAACAGUUUGAAAGCUCAGGACGAGAUAACUGAGUCUAUAUUUUGUUACAUAUCAGGCUGUCACAACCUCUGGCAGUAAUGGCCAUGUCCUAAAGGAAUUAUAAUCAGUCCCACAGCUUGAGAGCAGAUGUACCCAACAGAUGUACCCAAGUCUUAUUGUUUGAGCACCAAACAGUAACAAUAACAACAGGACCGAUUGAUAUAUGAUAAUCUGAUGAGACAUUUAUUUGAGUGAAACACAACAUAUUACACUUUAUAGUGUGAACUGUGAAGAUGUCAGGUUAAACAGACUGACACUCCCCUUUGAACGAAAUUCACAUUUUCAGUUUGCUCUUUCAUAUAAAUAAUAAGAUGUUUCCCCUUUAUAUUCCCAUGAUGAACUCUUUAAAGUUGACAUUUUGUUGUUUUUUGUUGACUUCACCUCAGUGCGUCGUUGGGCAAGGGUAUUAUUGUUAGCCUCUAAACAACCCUUUCAAUGACCUGACAGUGAGAGAAAUCACAGAGAUGCAUUGCUAUUUCAGGCAUAUUUGUUGAAGACAUGAACAAGGCAGAUGAGGAGUCUGAGCUGUGCAAGAAGUACAAAGAGGAGCUGGAGCAGGUCAAAGAAGAGUUUGAGAGGUACAAGCUCAGGGCGCAGUCUGUGCUCAAAAACAAAAACAAGGUAAACAGACACUCCCAAAAAGCUGUUUGCACUCGAUACCUGUUUUUUUGACUUAUCUCAUUUAUUUAUAUCUGCCUUUGGCCGAAAUACCUGUUCGUUGACACAUUUCAAUUAGUUAAUUUGCCUUUGGCCAAAAAAGAAAAAGAUACAAAAAUUUUUUUCCUUUCAUGUUUGUUGGUUAGGUUUAUUUUUUAGUAAUUCUUUUUUAAAAAAAACCUGAUUGUUUCACAGUUAUCCCUUCUGGAUAAAGUCCUCAACCUUGUGUAAAACUUUUUUUUUUUUCUUUUUUUUUCGGGGUUGGAAGAGUUGGUGGGGUGGAUGGUAAAAAUAUUGUCUUCUUUCUACAAUGUUAAUUAUAAAAUCUAAAUGGAAACAAUUAUCUUGAAUAAACCUUCUGUGCUAAAUAGAAUUUACAAAUCAAAUAUUGAUGGACGGGGUCUUCUAAGAAUACAUUGAACGAAUAACUGUUAACACCUCUUCACAACUCCUAAAAUUUAUUUUAACACAUUCUUUUAAUUUUAUGCAUAUUUUUUUUUCUUAAAAUUAAGUAAUACAUUUAUUUCUUAGGAAACCGGGCCAUCCAAAGAGUGUGAGCUCUUGAAAGAACAAGUGAUGGAACUGAGAGAUAAGCUGCGUAUGAGCAACUUUCACCACCAGGAGGAGAUUUCCGAGUUUCAAGCUAAAGUUGACAACCUGAGCAAGGGUCUCCUGGCCCAGGAGGAGAAGUUCAAAUCAGAAAUCUCCCAGAUCAAAUCGGCUCAUCACAAAGAAAUCAGCCAGUUGGAGACAGAGUCCAAAAAACAACGGGAAAGAACUGUUGCUAUGUUGUCAGAAAAAGAUUCUGAGAUCCAGAGGCUGAAGGCCAUCACAGGCCAGAUCGGUGAGUCGGAUCAUCUCAGACAUUGGAGCUUAAGCUCAAGCAUUCAGCCUGAUGAGGGAACCCCUCACGGUGUCGACAGUGACCAUCGCAGACCGUCAGAAGAACAAGAGGCCAUUACCAGACUUCUCGACCUCUCUAAAGGAAUUCAGAGCGAAGCAGCGUACUUACAUUUUGCCCAAGAAAAAAGCAGGAUGGACGUGGAGCUCAACGGGCUGAGGAAACAGAAACGACAAUUAGAGACAGCCUUACGGGACAUCCAGUUGUCUGCUAGUGAUAAGGAGGAGAAACUGAGGGACGAGAUCAGUGCCCUGAGUGAACGGCUAGCAGAGAUUGACAGACGGGCCCAAAGGGAGGGUGCCAACGUCGAGUACCUCAAAAAUGUUAUGGUGAAGUUUUUAACAUCAAUGGACUCUGCAGGCAAGAAGCAGAUGCUGAAGGCAGUGAUGACAAUUCUACAGUUCAGCCCUCAAGAGAAGGAAAUGAUCAAACAAGCUCAUGGUCGAGGUUGGUGGCCAGCCUAGCUGAGGUUGGUGACCAGCCUAGCUGAGGUUGGUGGCCAGCUUAGCUGAGGUUGGUGGCCUGUUUAGCUGAGGUUGGUGGCCAGCUUAGCUGAGGUUGGUGGCCAGCCUAGCUGAGGUUGGUGGCCAGCUUAGCUGAGGUUGGUGGUCACCUAGCUGAGGUUGGUGGCCAGCUUAGCUGAGGUUGUGGCUGAGGUUGGUGGCCAGUUUAGCUGAGGUUGGUGGCCAGCUUAUCUGCUCUUGUUUCAACAUCGCUGUUUUAUUUGUAUUUUUAUUGUUCAAAGAAGGCUGUGGUGGUUUUUUAAAACUCUUCAGCACAAGAAUUCUUGUCAAGUGAGGCAGAGAUAAAUAACAAGCUUAGAGGAAACAUUUUUGACUUGUCAAGUGAGACAGACAUAAAAAACAAACUUAGAGAAACAUUUUUGACUUGUCAAGUGAGACAGAAAUAAGUAACGCUUAGAGAAAACAUUGUUGACUUGUCAAGUGAGGCAGAGAUAAUUAACAAACUUAGAGAAAACAUAAUUGACACUUUAAAAAUGCAGAGGGAAGUAGCUUAAGACAAAUAAUAUUUAGAGAGUUACAGCUUAGCUGGGAUGAGGGGUUGAAAUGAAGAGCAAGCACAUUGUGUUAGAUGCAUUAGUUUAACAAAACAGGUGAAGAAAGUCUUUUGCAUGUGGUUUAUCUUUACCUGUCAUUUAUCUAUGUAUGUCAUUUAUCUAUGUAUGUCAUAUAAUUUUGGAUGAGCAGAUAACUUCCUGGGUCAAUAAAUGUCAAAGUUUUUAUUCCAUUCUUUUGGAAAAAGCUUUUGAUCUUAUUUCCAAACCAAGUAAACAUGAAACAUCUGUAUUAUAUUUAUGAUGGGUUAUGUAUUUUAAUCCCAUUCUUAAAUGUUUAUGCCUAUAUUAAUGGAAUAUUCA